UUUUCAUCAUGGCGGAGUUGCUGCUCGAUCCGGCUAUCCGUUUGUGGGUUAUUUUACCCAUUGUAAUAAUAACGUUUCUCGUCGGAAUAAUCAGGCACUAUCUCUCUAUGCUUCUACAGUCAAAGAAAGAUUUAGAUCUUCUACAAGUAUCCGACAGCCAAGCUUUGAUGAGGAGCAGAAAUCUUAGGGAAAAUGCAAAAUAUAUUCCUUACGAGUGUUUUGAGGCUAGAAGACAUUUCUUCAAUGAUGAGGAAGAGGGGUAUUUUAAAACACAAGAUAGAAAAGGGCCAGUCAAGAAUCCAAUAUCAGAUCCAACAAUGAUGGUGGACAUGGCCAAAGGAAACAUAACAAAUGUUUUGCCAAUGAUCCUUAUUGGAGGCUGGAUUAACUGGCAUUACUCUGGUUUCAUUACGACAAAAGUCCCAUUCCCACUCACUUUGCGGUUCAAAGCCAUGUUGCAGCGUGGCAUUGAUCUUACAACCUUAGACGCAUCAUGGAAUGAAACCCCUGAGUUUUGUUUAUUGCUAAAGAACUUAGUUGUGUGUGUUUCAUCACAGGCUGAGUGGGAGGCACUGGAGAUUGUCUGUCAUGAAUGGUCACUAGAAAAUGUGGAGGAGGAGAUGAUGGAAGAUUUUUCACCAACAGACCUUAUGGAGGACAUUGCAAAAGACAAAUAUGUUUGAUAGACAUCUAACUUAUCACCCUCUGAUCUAUAGAUCCCAGUGCUAGUGCCCUCAAAACAUUUAUAUGGCUCUGAACUGUGCCCUUGACAGGCAAAACCUGUCUCUUUGUGGUCCAUGUAGUACAACGUUAUGUUCAUUGUGGUAGGAAAUUCUGAAACUUUAACAAUGGUUAAUCUUCUGAAAACUCUAAGGAACCCAGGCGCUUUGGACAAAAAAGGUGCAAAGGAUGAGAAAAAGGUCAUGGUCAGAUGGAAAGUCUAGCAUACUAAGGUGGCUGAUAGAAUAUGAAGUUGUAUUACACCCUUGAUGUCAAACGACUAAACCCAUAGAAGAAAGCAACGGUUGUUAAAUAAACAUCGUUAAUGAUG